AUGCAAUACCGAGUAACACUGUCGUCAUGCCGUCCGUUGACUGAUGCAUGCAAGCGCUCCGCCUCUAACAUGGCUACAAUGCGACGUGAGCCUACGCUUAGCCGUAGCAUAUAUAAAAACUUCAAAGGCUCUUUCACCUACAGAUUCAGUCAAAAAAAAGAGUCAUCAACAUCGCUGACUGAGAUUCUUUUUUCUGUCAAGACGCGGGUAGGUGUAUCCAGCUUAUCUGCUGUGGCGUUCAUCAUGUGCCUUCCCAUUUCCCAUUUGGCCUCGAAUCGCACAAUUCUUUCCACACCCUCUCAAGUCUUCAUGCUUCCAGAUUACGGCUAUACUCCAUCCCCUGCCUCGUCCAUUCACUAUCAAACACAACACGUGGCAAGUGGAGAGCGAUCUAAGCUCUUUCUUCAUCCACCUUCGGUUGAAUAUGGUCACAUGCCACAACACACAUUGACACCACAACAUGCCACGUGUACAAAAUUUGAAACAGAACCACUUGUGAUGAAUGUGCAUGGUGUACAACACUAUUACCCAUUACCUCAUGGACAUUCGCAAUUAUUGCAUGUGUCAUCGGAUUAUGAGUAUCAAAAUGGGGCAGUCGUCACACCAUCUAGUACACGAAGUGGCUCAAAACGAUCGCGAGAAGAUUUAAACUUGAAAGAGAAAAAGCGCAUGUUGAAGCUUAAUGAUCGUAUUUCACAAUUGAAAAACAUGCUUGACGACGCGGGUGUACAGACAAAGAAGAACAAACAAUCGAUUCUGGACAAUGCAGCACAUUAUAUCGAAAUGUUGCGUAGCAAUUUGCUCAUUGCAAAGCAAAAAGCUGAACGUGCUGAGAAACAAGCUGAAGCCUUUCGACUUCAAGCUCAACAUUCGUCAUGUGAUCGUAUUGUACGUGGUGUAUUUCAAAAAACUACGACACCUCGUGUUGUCGUAGAUCUGCACAUGCAAACUGUGACUUUUAAUGCGGCAUUUGUACACUAUACUGGACAAACCGAGUCCGAGUUACAACGACAAAAAUCUUUGCGCUCGUAUUUAAGCGCAGAUGAACAACAACUUGAUCGGAUAUUAGCACAUGUGCGCACGACAAAACAAUCGACCAGUGCACAGGUGCAAGUUGCGGCACGAGAUGGCAAUUUAGUGCCGAUGAAUCUUGUGGCAGCAGUGAUUACUGACGAGAGUGGCAAUGCUACAAAUGUCGAGUUCAGUCUCAUUCCAUUAGAGACUCAAAAGCAAGAGUUAAGAACGAAAGAACAGCACGAAGAUGAGGCCGAAACGUCCGCAGAUGAAUCAGUGACUGAUAAAGAUGACGUCAGUCGUGAGCACUGA